AAACAUUACAUAUAUAAGGCAGAAAUCCUGGUGAGUGGAACUUUUACGUUAAUUGUUUGAGUUGGAUUGAUAUCGAAAAAAGCACCAUAACGGCGAAAUCGAGUUAAUUGUGUAAAUCAACCAAACGAUCUCUACAGUUAAUAUUUUUUGGUCAUCCCUCAUUUCUAACUUGCGAAGAGCCAAUUGAUAAGCAACCACCCUUCCCUCAGAAAUGGCGUCCUCAACGGAACAGACAUCAAACAGUUCUGUUUCGCAAUUGUUGUCCACGUUAAUCCCUAACUUGGCCAUCUUUGCGGUAUUCCUUGGUAUUUUUGUUAUAUUAAGAAAGAAGCAAGUCAGAGUUUAUGAGCCUCGUUCCCAGGUCUCUACCCUUCCAAAGGAUCUCAAACCAGAAGCAUCUCCACGUGGUGCUUUCAGCUGGAUCCACAGUUUGUUGGGUAAAUCAGAAUCCUUCUUGAUUCAACAAACAGGUGCUGAUGGCUACUUCUUCGCCCGUUACUUGUUCGAAUUUGCUGCAGUUGCCCUCUUAGGUUGUUUCAUUACCUGGCCAAUCUUGUUCCCAAUCAAUGCUACCAAUUCGUCAAAGACCCAAGGUCUUGACAGAAUUUCCAUUUCAAAUAUCAGCAACAAAUGGAGAGUUUUGGCUCACAUCUUCCUUUCUUGGAUUUUCUUUGGUGCAGUUAUCUUUUUGAUUUACAGAGAAUUGGUUUACUACACCACCUUUAGACACGUUUUACAAACUACCCCAUUGUAUGACUCCUUGUUAUCUUCCAGAACUCUUUUGUUGACUGAAAUUCCAGACAGUCUUUUGGAAGAAGCUAACUUGAGAGAAAACUUCCCAACUGCAACCAAUGUUUGGUACGCUAGAGACUAUGAAAAGUUAGAGGAGGAUGUCAAGGAACGUAAAAAGUUGGCUGCAAAGUAUGAAGGUGCAUUGAAUAAGGUUGUUACUAAGGCCGUUAAGUUGAGAAACAAGGCUGUCAAGAAAAACAAGCCAGUUCCUGAGCCUGCUGACGACUUGAACAAGUAUUUGAAGGAUGGUAAAAAGAGACCUACUCACAGAUUAAAGUUUUUGAUCGGUAAGAAGGUUGAUACAUUGGACUAUGGUGUUGAAAGAUUGGGAGAAUUGAACAAAAAAAUCAAGAAGCAACAGUUGGAACACGGUUCCAACACUCAGGUCCCAUCUGUUUUUAUUGAAUUCCCAACUCAAUUGGAAUUACAAAAGGCUUACCAGGCCAUUCCUUACAACCCUGAAUUCAAAGGUGCCAAGAGAUUCAACGGUAUUAGCCCUGAUGAUGUGAUCUGGGAAAACUUGGCUUUAACUCCAAACAAGAGAAGAGUCAAGAAGGUCAUUGCAAGCACUAUUUUGACCCUCAUGAUUAUUUUCUGGUGUGUCCCUGUUGCAGUUGUUGGUGCUAUUUCUAAUAUUAACAAUCUUACUGAUAAGGUUCACUUUUUGAGAUUUAUCAACAACAUGCCAAAGCCUAUUAUGGGUGUUAUCACUGGUUUGUUACCUACUAUUGCCUUGGCUAUUUUAAUGUCUUUGGUUCCUCCAUUUAUCAAGAAGAUGGGUAAGGUGUGUGGUUGUAUUACAGUCCAGCAAGUCGAGGCAUACUGUCAAUCGUGGUUUUACGCUUUCCAAAUUGUGAAUGUUUUCAUUGUUGUGACCGUUACAUCUGCUGCUGCAUCCGCUGUUACCACUAUUAUCAGCGACCCAACUUCAGCUUUGACAUUAUUAGCUCAAAAGAUCCCAGCAUCUUCCAAUUUCUACAUCUCAUACUUUUGUUUGCAGGGUUUAACAAUCAGUUCAGGUUUAUUACUCCAAAUGGUGGCUUUGAUCUUGGCCCAAUUCUUGGGUAAGAUUUUGGAUUCUACUCCAAGAGCUAAAUGGAACAGAUACACUACCUUGGGUCAACCUGCUUGGUCCGUUAUUUAUCCAGCAUACCAAUUGUUGACAGUUAUUGCUUUGGUGUAUUCGAUUAUUGCUCCUUUGAUCCUUGGAUUUUCGUUCAUCGCAUUUGUCCUUAUUUACAUUGCAUACCUUUACACUUUGGUCUAUGUCAUGCAACCUAACAAGAAUGAUGCCCGUGGAAGAAACUACCCAAGAUCCUUAUUUCAAUUAUUUGUUGGUUUGUACUUAGCUGAAGUUUGCUUGGUUGCUUUGUUCGUUUUCCAAAAGAACUGGGUUGCUGUUGGCUUGGAAGGUGCAUCUAUCGUGGUCACCGCUGCCGCUCAUAUUUACUUCAAGUUGAGAUUCUUACCAUUAUUUGAUGCUGUUCCUAUUUCAGCAAUCAAAUAUGCUGCUGGUGAUUCAACUUUUACUUAUCCUCAGCAAGACCAAGGUUUGAAGGAAAUCAAGGUAGAAGGUGAAAACUACUGGCAAGGAGGAAACCAAUUAGGUUUGACAGGUAGUCACAGAGACCAAGUAUUGCCACCUAACGCUGAUUUGCAUGCUCUGGAAAAGACUCGUGCAGGGUCUGAAACAACCACCACCAAUGGUGAAAACAAGGUCCUUGGUUCAGACGUCUCAGACAAGCAAAGUGCUAGCAAUGGCUCAAAUCUUGAGAAGCAAGUUGGUGGUGCCAUCAAGGGAGUGGCUGCUACUCCAGGUAAGUCGAUCUCUUGGUUGACUAGAUUCUUCAAUCCAAGUUCCGAGACUUUCGACUUACUUCGUAGCGUUAUGCCAGCUGCCUACUACAAUUACAUUGAGUACAAUCCUGAUUUCAUUAAGACUGCUUACGAAGACCCAGCGGUUACUGAUGAUGAGCCACAUAUUUGGGUUGCAAGAGAUGAUUUGGGAUUAUCUGAAAUUGAGAAGAACAAGGCUCUUGAAAAUGGUGUUGAUGUUUCUGACGAAAAUGCCGGAUUUGAUGAGAAGGGAUCAAUUACCUACACUGGUCCUCCACCAUCGUACGAAGAAGCUUUGAAAAUUUGAAAGUCUCGCAGUAUUGUGACUCGGUUUUGAUUCUUUAUUGUAUUCUUCAUGUGUUUUACUCCCUUCCUUUUGAUGAGCCCCUCUUAAUAAUUAAUUGUUUCAGUUUAUUUUUGUAAUUAAUAAAUGGUUACUUCG